UCCUGCCAAAGGACCCGGGACCCAGCAGAGAGGGGCAGCUCAGCAGGUGCUCAGCACCCGUGAGAGACACAGGCCUUCUGGGUGAUGAACUUAUUCCCAUCAGCCGAGCCCACUUGUGCAGUAUUCUUCUGGAAUGAAGCCGUGGUGGCCAGAAACGGCAACCCGUGAUCCUGUCCCUCCCAGUCCUCCCCUGCUCGACCUUGGCAUACUGGAUCUCAGAAGCGUUACAACCCUGCUGGGCCCCCCUCAGACUGCGUCUCAUGCUGUCAGAUAUGCAUCCAAGAAGACAGGCGGCAGCUCCAAAAACCUGGGUGGAAAGUCACCAGGCAAACGCUUUGGCCUCAAGAAAAUGGAGGAUCACUACGUUCAUGCCGGCAACAUCCUUGCGACUCAGCGCCACUUCCGUUGGCACCCGGGCGCCCAUGUGGGGCUGGGGAAGAAGAAGUACCUCUAUGCCCUGGAGGAGGGGAUAGUCCGCUACACUAAGGAGGUCUAUGUGCCCAGUCCCAGCAACGCGGAGGCUGUGGACCUGGUCACCAGGCUGCCCAAGGGUGCUGUGCUCUAUAAGACUUUUGUCCAUGUGGUUCCUACCAAGCCUGAGGGCACCUUCAAACUGGUGGCUAUGCUUUGAACUCCUGGUCAAGGCCGCUGGACAGAGACUGGAGCCCAGGUGACAGGAGAGGAUGGCAGCAGCGAAAGUCAAGGGUUGGCACGACAAGGUCUGCUGAGGACGUCUGUUUGGUGGUGAUUGCAGAAGACUCUGAAGUGACUGGCUCUUGGGAGACCUGACCUGGGGCCAGAAAUAAAGUGUGCUGGAGUCAUGA